AUGAACAAAGAAAAAUCAACAACACAUGUAUCUACAGUUUCAAAAGGUGCACAAGGUCAUCAACGUAUCAAUACCCAACAGAUACAAAAUGUUCUUCUGAUCUGGUUAGACAGUAACAUUGACGAAACAAAUAAUGAUUGUCAAAAGACAAUCAAACAACUUCGACGAGUUGUGAACGACACCAAUAUAUUUACAGAUGGCGAUCAAUGUCUGGAAUUCAUUCAAACCAUCGUCGAUAAUAAGGUAUGUCUGAUCAUAUCUGGAUCACUUGGACAGCAAAUUAUGCCUCGCGUGCACAAUAUGUCUCAAGUUGAUUCAAUAUUUAUCUUUUGUGGUAAUAAAAAACAUCAUGAACAAUGGACCAAAGAUUGGCCCAAAAUAAAAGGUGUUUUCACAGAUAUUACACCCAUCUGUGAAGCACUCAAGGAAGCUGCUCAUCAAUGUGAGCAAAAUGCCAUUCCCAUGAGUUUCGUGGGGACAAAUGAAAAUUUGGAUCAAUUAGAUCCUUCUUUUAUGUACACUCAAACCAUCAAAGAAAUAUUAUUAACCAUCAAAUUCGACCAGAAGGACGUCCAAGAUUAUAUUAAUUACUGUCACCAUAUUUUUGUGGAUAAUGAAGAAGAAAUCGAAAAUAUUAAACGACUGGAAAGUCAAUAUUAUAAUAAAACACCUAUUUAUUGGUACAGUUCUCAAACGUUCCUGUAUCCCAUGCUCAAUCGUGCAUUACGAUUGAUGAAUGGUGAUACUAUUACACGUAUGGGUUUCUUCAUUGGUGACUUCCAUCGACAAAUUGAACAACUAUACAAGAAACAAUAUGUUGGUCCAACUACGGCAGACACCUUCACUGUUUACCGUGGUCAAGGUUUAUCUACAGGGGAUUUUGAACAAAUGAUGAAAACUAAAAGCGGUCUUAUUUCAUUCAACAAUUUCUUAUCUACUAGUAACAACCGCAAUAUAUCACUGAAUUAUGCUCAACGUGCUACAAUAAAUCCAGAUCAAGUUGGUGUACUUUUUAUCAUGAAAAUUAAUCCGGCUCUAUCAACAGCACCAUUUGCUUCCAUUGCUGGUAUCAGUAACUUCCAAGGAGAAGAUAAAAUCUUAUUUUCGAUGCGUACUGUUUUUCGUAUACAGGACGUUAAACAAAUGGAUGGAAAUGAUCGUUUAUAUGAAGUUUAUUUGACACUUACUGCUGACAACGAUCCAGAAUUGAGCAGACUUACUGAUUACAUUCGACAAGAGAGCUUUCCAGACUCUGAAGGAUGGUAUAGAUUGGGUAUGGUACUAUGGAAAAUGGGUCAAUUUGACAAAGCUGAAAAUAUUUAUCAAGUUUUACUUGAUAAAACAAACGAUGAUAACGACCAGAUACCUCUUCAUGGUCAACUUGGUUCCAUGAAGAAAGAUCAAGAAGCACUUACACUCCAUGAAAAGUCACUUGAUGCUUGUCAGAAAACUCUUCCUCCCAAUCAUCCUAGUUUGGCUACCUCCUACAUCUGCCUUGGUUUAGUGCAUUCCAAAAUGUGUAAUUAUCCAAAAGCACUUUCUUAUUAUGAAAAAGCCCUUAAAAUCAAACAACAAUCACUUCCUUCUAAUCAUCUUAGUUUGGCUUCGUCCUACUACGACAUUGGUUUAGUAUAUAGAAAAAUGAGUAAUUAUUCAAAAGCUCGUACAUUUUAUGAACGUGCUAUACAAGUUGGAGAACAAUCAUUACCUUCUAAUCAUUCUGAUCUUCAAAAGUGGAGAAAUAAUUUCGAAGAUGUAAAAAACAGAUAA